AUGGGUCGCGUUCGUACCAAGACCACCAAGCGCGCUGCUCGCGUUCUCAUCGAGAAGUACUACCCGCGUCUCAACCCGGUGGACUUCCAAACCAACAAGAAGGUCAUUGACGAGGUGGCCAUCGUCCCCUCGAAGCGCCUGCGCAACAAGAUCGCCGGUUUCACCACCCACCUGAUGAAGCGCAUUCAGCGUGGUCCGGUUCGCGGUAUCUCGUUCAAGCUCCAGGAGGAGGAGCGUGAGCGCAAGGACCAAUACGUUCCGGAGGUCUCGGCUCUCGACCCGUCGGUGGCUCCUCUGGAGGUCGACCCCGACACGGAGGAGAUGCUCCACAGCCUUGGCUUCGACAACCUCCCAGUGACUGUGACCGCCCCCAUCACUGCCCAGCAGAUUCCGGAGCGCAAGGGCCGCCACGUCCCGGGUGCCGGUCGCCGUUAA